AUGGCGAAGAAUACGCGCAAGGCGGGAAGAUCUACAGCCGCCUCCCAUGCGAGCUGUGAUGGGGACGACGGCGACGAAGGACACGGCGGCGAUGACGGUGACGGAGAACAUGGCGACGAUGACGGCGACGGAGAACACGGCGACGACAGCGACGAGGAUUGGCCGGAGAAUGGCCACGACGAUAGCGCCACGGGGGAUGAAGUAGCCCCUGCCGACAUCGAUGAGGACGAAUGGUGGAAUCAGUCGGUUGGGAGCGAGGAUGAAGUGGAAGAAUGGCGGGCUGCUGAUUCGGACAACGAUGAGGGUGUCAAUGCUGAUGGCGGGCAAGCGGAGGCAGCUGCAGGCGCAACGGGAGCGACGGGCGAUGACGGUGCGGAGGCUAACGACGAGGCGGACGCGAAAGCGAGGAGGAUGACGGUGGAGGCGGAGGCGGAAGCGGAUGCCGAUGCUGUUGCGCCUGCGGAUGUGGUCGCAAUUGCGGAUGCGGAUGCUGCGGAGGGAGGUGCCGAUGACGACCCGUGGAGCAUCACGCGUGAUGACGAUGUCCCGCUUCUGAAGCGGAGGCUGCGUCAUCACUUACAGUCCAAGCCGAAGCGUGCCCGCGUAGUGCUCUCUGAUGACGACAGUCCGGGGGAGGAGCUUCCACUGCGCAUCUCUGCUGCAGACAAGGGGAAAUCCAAGGUCGUGGAUGCCCCUGCUAAGGCCACCGUUCGUCGCCGCCCAAGCACCAAGAAGCGAAAGAACGACGGCAACCCCGGAUCCAGCACGGGUGCUGCUAAGAAAAAGAAGAAGGGGCGAAACAAGGACGACAUCCUCGUCAACGAGGCGCUCGGCAGCGACGAUGACUACGCGGAGGCGGCAGGCCCGAUUCCUUUAUUCCCUGAGAAGACGAAGCCGAAGGACCCCACCCUCCAUAAUCCCAAUUCCCGUCCAACUCCCCCUCGCAGCAAGGACAGUAAGAAGAGGCGCCGCGGAUGGACCGUACGUGAGAAGCUCAAGUGGGCUCGCCGCUACCAGGAGUCUACCGCAUCUAUCGCCUGCAUCAGACGCUGGAGUGCGGAGGCUGCUGCGGGCCGCGGCCAGAACGCGAGGCGUGCGAUGUUGGUGUUGGACUCCUACCGCGGCCACAUCACCCAGACCAUACUCCAAUCUUACCGCACGCACAGCAUCACCCCUGCAGUGACCCCAGCGGGUUGCAUGAGCCAGAUUCAACCCCUUGACUUCAGCAUCAACCGGUGCUUCAAGGCUGGUGUGCGAGCGCGCUACGCCAGGUGGUUCAUGCGUGAAGGGAUUCACCUGAAGAUGAAGAAGGUCCCCAAGCAGGUCAUCAUUGACGCGUUCCGCCACUACGGGAUUUCAAGCAAGCUAGACGGGACGGAGAAACACAUGGUGAUGUCUCACCUGCACGCUAGGAGCACUGUCAAAAUCUCCGAGGACAUGAGCCUUGGGGGAACCACGGGCGACAAUACGCGCCUGAUUGGGCAGGCGCCAGAGGAGGAGCAGGAGGAGGAGAUGCAGGCGGAGGGCGAGAGGGAGGUGGCCAUGGCAACCGGCCUGGAGGUUCUGUACCAGGAGACCCCCAACUACCGCGGAGCGGCGGCUGAGGCUGACCGCAUGAUCGAGCCUAGGGAGACGGCCAGGCAUGCCUGGCCAGUGCCAGACUUGGGUGUUGACCCUUCUGUUAGUGCAGCGGAAGAGGCCGUGACUGAGGAGGGCUAG